AUGUCGUCACCUGUCGAAAUCCCGGCCCCUCGCAGCUAUCAAGCGCUAUCCAAUCCGACUCCCGCCAACGAUACCUCCUUCGUGCAGAACGGGAUCCGCUACUACCCUGAGCGCGGCAAUUGGAGCCCGCUCUUUGUGCCUAACGCUGAGACCCCUCGCGCCGCGGACAUUCCUGUCGACCCAAUCUCCGGUCCUGAUGCUAAUCCGGUUGAUCAUCCUGCCGACACUCAGGUUGAUCCCAUGGCUGAUCAAGACACCGAAAUGAAAGCGACCGUCCUUGACAACGCUCCUGACUUCUCUCGUCCUCCGCCUAUCAAGGCCUUCCCAGCUCCCAUCCCUCUUCCUUAUGGGAUGGAGCUUAUCCAGACUGGCACCCACUACCUCCCUCAAAAGGAGAAGUGGCAACGCCUCUACGAUCCGGCCAGGACUUUCGAUUUGUCCACGAUCCCGGAUGAGGUUCCAGUUACUCGUGGAUUUGCUGAUCCUUAUCCCUUCUGUGACAUGCCUGUGUGCUGUGACCCCGUGGUUACUGAUCCUGAAUUAUAA